GCAGCCAUAAAAUGUUCGCAAAGAGUUUCUAACAACUCUUCCGUUGGCUUCAAAGAUCUUGCCCUACUAUGGAUUUGCAGACGAUUGUCAGAUGCUCAUGACUCAGCUCAGGAGAGCCUCAAGGAGUCUCUGGAACCUGAAAAAGCACAUAUUGUUGAGAAACGACCCUGAAGAACAGGGCAAAACCAGUUUCUUGCUGAAGAAGCCAUUGGAGUUUACUAUUAUUAUGAUUGAUGAGGUCUUUAAACCAUGAAUGGCAGAUUCGAUAUUUUGGAAAUUUAUGGAGAGCGGCUUCUCUGAAUUGUACCAGCUAGAAAUCAAAAUAGAAACUUGAAAUUUUAUCUUUGUACAGGAUAUUUAAGGACAUAUUAGGAGACAUCAAUAUGCAGAAUGUAACAAUCAAAAAUAUCCAAUGAGGUUAUUACAGAGCUUACAGAUCAAAAUGCUCUCCUUCUGUGCGGUUAUACACGCUGCAAAAUUUGACCAACCUUUUUGGACAAGAAUUAGAAACUCGUGAAUUUGGAGGUUGAAAGUACUUUGUCACACCCAAAAUGUUUGCUUACGGAGCAGAUUGUCUCGUAUUUAAAAUAGAUGAGGAUGGAGAACUAGACUCUUGUGACGACUAUCCAAUUUUAGGGCUUUGAGAUUUUAAUAUCUAUUGAAACUUUGCAAUGAGAGAACUAAGUGUGACAAAUUUUUUAAUCCUUAUUGAUGGAGUUACCAUUGGCCAAAUCUGUGAGAGAAUCAUCCCUUCAAACUUGAAUCUCAUAAUGCCUGGAGACAAUGUUAAAUAUGAAUGAGAUGCUUUAAUGAGAAUUUCUGAGAAACUCAAAGAUUGGCAACAGGAUGCUCAAAAAUAUCCAUCUCGGCUCACAGAAAUAUGACUCAAAUUGGAGAGCUAUUUCUAUAAUAGACUCAUCGAAGCUGAAAAAUACUUAGUCAUGGGACUAAACCCUUUACUCCAGAGGUGUAAGGAAAAAGGCCUCAAACUAACUCUGAAAUAACUGAAAACUAGAUGUAUCAAAGCAUAGUGUUUGGGCUAAUCUUGGAUUUCUUGUCUUUGGAAAUGAAGCCCUUGUCAUGGAUAAUUUGAAAUUAGAUUUUAUAAAGGGAUUCACCACUGAGGAAGACUGUAUAUUAUUCAAUUUGAAACACAUCUAUAUGAAAGGUCAAAUUAUUAGUAUUCUCUCUAUAGAUAAUAAUGGCAUCAACAGAAGCAUUCUAGAGCCAGGCACAAUCAUCAUUCCCAGAGAUAAAAUUUAUAAAGCCAAUGCUAUACUUAGAAAAAUAUUGCAAAAGGACCUUAAAAGUCUUCCUGAAGAGACUUUGACAGUUUUUAUCAAAUGUUCAGCUUACAAGUUGGCAAAAGGACUAUUGAAUAGGGUUUGAUAUUUACAUAAAGACACUAAAAUUAGCUUGGAGCUUACCUGUCAAGAGAUAGAAGAUUACAGAAAUCUAAACCGAGUAAAUCUCUCCAAAUGUUUUGGAGUCCUUAAGAGAAAAAAUUUGAGAUCCCUGAUUAUUAGUGAAAAUAUCGAAACCUCAGAAAUGCUUGGCAGGCUUGUUAGUUGACUAGAAACCCAGACCAACCUUGAGACGUUGGAACUGAUGAUAGAGGGAGAGUUAAUCGAAGGUAAAGUUGUAAAGCCCAUGAAGAAGUUGUUCAGAGUUCUAGAGACUCUUCCUUGUCUGAACUCUAUUGAUAUUUCUAUCGAACAAAAAUAUAACUCAGUUUAUCAUAACCUCGUGAAGUUGAUCAAGAAGCUUAUUAAAACCAAAGUGGGAGCAGAUAUUGAAAUAGAGAUUGGCUGUGCGACAUAUCUGGAUAGAUUUUCGUGGUUUAAGCAGAAACUAAAAUAA